AACAUCAGCAUUCAACUGAUACCUCAACAUGUUCCUUCGCAUCCUCGUCGCACUUUGCCUUGUGUCUGCCAUCAGCUCCAUCACCUUGCAACUCUGUCAAGAAUUCUGUGCUGGUGUCAAUGGUGGUGAAUCCUACGCAUACUGCUCUCCAUGGAUCAGUUUUGCCACUCAUACCAACAAGACUUGCUAUAAUCUCUGUGUUCAUAACUGUGCUGCUGUCUACGAUGGUUCCUGCACUACCGACCCUGACUUCAGAUGCUGCUUGAAAACCACACCAGCGAAGACUCAAGAAUUCAAGAGAAGUGGUUGCAACAAACUCUACAAUAAUCUUUAAAAAUGUAUCCGUUUCUUCAGUUGUGGCACAUAUUUAAUAAAAUCUUAUACAAAAC